UGUCAGGACGGUUUAAGAGGAGAAAGCAGGAAAAGUCCACACAUUGUUAGCCCACAUCUGCCAUGUUUACACAUUUUAAAACCAUUCCAAUAUACUCACUCCGACUUGUUUCGACCAGUAACUGUGGUUACAAAACCUGAGUGGAUCAUAUCGUUCACUGAAGAGGCAUCAAAAUUCAAAUGGACCUAUUUAUUAAAAAGGAAAGAUUAUGCUAUCAUUCUUCAUGUCUUCAAGCUGUUUAGUGCAACUAUCGAGAGACAGUUCCAUGCAUCCAUUUUGAAAUUUCAAUUUGACUGUGGAAUAGGGUACACAAAUUCUGCAGUAAAAACAUUUCUAUUUGAAUAUGGUAUACAGAUUGCAUAUACUGACGCGGAUAAUUCCUAA